AUGGGCAAUUCUAUCAGCGCUUUGAUUGAGCCAAAUGCGGUAGACGAUGAGAACGAGAGGAAGAAAAAGGAACAGCUAGAGCUCAUGAUGAAGCUCGCAGAUGCGCGUCUAGACACCUUCCAACGCGAGCUGGAGCAGAUGUUCUUGAACCGUGAGUCGGCAACGCGUACCAGUGUUCCCGGAAAGAGAGCACUGAGAUUCGAGCGUCAUGUCACUGUUGAUGCUGGAAGUACUCCCGGUAAAGGCGUUGAGGAUACUGUGGACGCCUUCUUUGGCGCGUCGGAUACUGGAACCAAACGUGCCCUUGAUGGUUUCAAAUCCGUGGUAAAGACCGGCCUCUCGGCAAUUCUCGGUGACUCUUCCGCCGGAGAAAGCUAUGACAAGAAGUUUUUCAUUUACAUAAAGCACAAUGCGAUCAUCCGCGUCGACAUUUAUACAUACAAGUAUACCUUUGCUAACAAGGGAGUGGUUGACAUGCACAAGAACAUCCUGGCUUACAUCCUGUGCAUCUCCGUCGUGGAUCAUAGAGAUGUGACCCUUGAUGAACUGGUCUAUCUGGCUUCAGAGUUUGCUGGCGAUGACAAUAGCGGUCCGGGUACUGAAUUUGCGGAGUACCUAGACAUGAUCACGAAGACUUGGAACAAACUUAGAGCUACGGACCCUUUGCCUGUUCGUGGAAGGCCAGCUCUGGACUACCCCGUAAUGCCUGCCGCUCCACCUUGGUCAUGA